AUGCCCGGCAAGAAGGACACCAAGAAGGACGCAAAGAAGGGUGGAAAACCUGAACCAGAAAAAAAGAAAGAGGAAGAAAAGAAAGGGAAAGAUGUCAAAAAGGGAGGAAAAGAUGACAAGAAAGCUGGCAAGGAUGAUAAGAAAGCGGCAAAGGAUGAUAAAAAAGCUGGCAAGGAUGAUAAGAAAGGAGGGAAGAAGGGAAAGGAAGAACCACCCAAGGGGAAGGAUGAUGGAAAGAAAGGAAAAGACAAAGGGAAGGGAAAGAAGGUGGAAUCAGAGGAGGAAGAAGAGGAGCUUCUGAGCGAUGAAGAAGAGGACGAGGAGCUCAGUGAAGAAGACGAAGAAGAUGAGGAAGAAUCAGAAGAUGACAGAAGAAGGAAGGGGCGAGGAGGCAAGGGAGCUAAAGGAAAGAAAGGUGGAAGGUCUAGACGUGGGGGCGAUUCUGAAGAAGAUGAGGAGGAGGAGGAUGAAGAAGAAGAGGAUUAUGAGGAAGAUGAAGAAGAUUAUGUUGAAUCCAAAAAGAAGUCCAAAGAUGACCGCCACCGUCAUAAAGGAGGGAAGUCUGAUGCUGAUCUGAAGAAGAAGAAAGCAAAAAAGAAAGAGGAGGCUCCACAGCUUCCAGUAAAGGAAAUCCCAAAGAAAGGUCUGAAGAACAUGUCCAGGAUGUUCAUGAAGUUUUCCGGCUUAAAGAGGCGUAGAAACAGCAGAAAGAAGCUAAAAAGUACAUUCAGUUUGUUUCUGGGGUUGGGUAAGAGAAAAAAAAGACUUGCCAGGAAGAAACGCCGCAAAUCAAUGCUGAAGAACACCUCUCGAUUCAUGAUGAGGUUUAAGGCUAGCAAAAAAAGGAAAAAAGAGAAAGAGGAAAAAGAGAAGGCAAAUGGUGGGAAGAAGCCAACCUAUAUGCUGCUUCGCCUGGGAGGAGUGAAAGAUUCAGUAGAGAAGAAAGGGGGCUUCUUCAAAGGGUUGUUUAAAAAAAAGGACGGUGAUGGCCAAACUGAUGCCUUCAAGAAUAGAAGUGUGUUAGUGGGCAGGGUCGCAGCAGCAACUAAUUGGCUGACCAAACGCUUCCUUACAACUAAAAUGCAAGGAAAUUCAAGAAACCAUGGCUGGGGGGGGCGUAGGGGACACAGCCGCCAUUCCAGUUCCAGAGGUUAUCCCCAUGGUUACCAUAACGAUGGCUAUGAGCAUGGGGAGGAGGCUUAUGGAUAUGGCCAACAGCAUUCAUUCCGCCAGAAAGGUGUAUAUGGGGGAUACGGUGAUGGUUAUGGUGGUUAUGGGGACGAGGCAGCUGCAGCAUAUGAAAGUCAGGGUCAGUUUGGUUACUAUGACAAUGGGGUGGGAGGGGCAGAAUAUCAAGACCUAGGUUACUAUGAAGACGAAGGAGUCUAUGAUCCAAAUGCAGAGUAUUAUGAAGGUGGUCCCUAUGAUGAGGGCAUGGGGGACUACUAUAACCCUUAUUCUGCUGCCCAAGGCUACUAUAACAACCAGGAAGCUGAUCCAUAUGGUUACCAGCAACAACAGGCAAUGGCAAUGUAUGGUGACGAGGGUCUGGACUACUAUGCGCUAAUGGGUGAAGGCCAUAUAUAUGCAGAAGAGGUGGAUGGAUAUCUUGACCCUCAGGCUCAGGGUUAUUUUGAUGAUGGUCAAGGGGUUUACUAUGAUGAUGGACAAGGGGAUUACUAUGACAACGGACAGGCAGGUUAUGAUAAUCCUUAUGCAGCAAUGAUGGGAAUGCAAGGAGGGUUUCCGCCAGACUAUCAAUUAAGCUAUAGUGAUGUUGGCAUGCCCUAUCAAGACUACAGCUCCCAACAGGCCAUUGGUUUUCCACAAGGAGGCCAGCAGGUCUUUGGCUUUGGAGGGCAAGGGAUGGAUCAGGUACAGGGCCUGUAUGGGGACCAGUAUGCACACCACUUGGAUCAAUAUGGGGAUGGUACUGAUGGGGUUCAGGGAGGUGAGAUGACAUUUAGACUUCCUAGGCCUCAAGUACGCUUAUUUGGGAAAGAGCGUCUAGAUGUGCCACUGCCCCCUCCUCCCACUUUGCCAUCUGAUCCAGAGUUUGAAGACAUGUCAGACAUCCAGUAUGAAGACCAGAUGCCUCUUGCACCUGGUCAAGAUGCUACCAUGAUGUCACCACAACAACAAAUGAUGAUGUCACCACAACAACAAAUGAUGAUGUCUCCACAACAACAAAUGAUGAUGUCUCCUCAACAACAAAUGAUGAUGUCUCCUCAACAACAAAUGAUGAUGCCCCCUCAAGAGCAAAUGAUGAUGCCCCCCCAAGUAAUGUCACCACAGCAACAGAUGAUUUUACAACAGCAACAGAGUAUGUCACCCCAAAUGAUGCCAUCACAGGUCAUGUCACCACAACAGAUAAUGACCCCACAGCAACAAAUGAUGCCACCACAGCAGAUGAUGCCACAGCCAAUGAUGUCACCACAGGACCAAAUGAUGUCACAGCAAUUGAUGUCACCUGAGCAACAGAUGUAUCCAGAAAUGAUGCCACCACAGCAGCAGAUGAUGACAGACCCAAUGAUGAUGUCACAGCAACAGGGUUAUGGCCUACCAUUAAUCCCUACUCCAACUGCCAUGAUUAUCAAGCAAGCAAAUAUGUCCCCCCUUUCUGCCCGACGCUUGCAUCCCUCUCCAACUCCAUCCCGCCGCUCUGUCAUCAUGCCAUCCCCACAGAUGCAGCGCCAUCCCUCUGCCAUGGCUUCUCCAGUACCCUCCCCUAUGCUUUCACAGAGACGAAGCCCCUCCCCACAACUAUCCAUGAGGAAUGGGUUCAUUAAUGCCCAAAGACCGCCUUCCGUCAUGUCGAGACGGAUAUCACCUCCUUCCUCCCCCAUGGCUUCCCCAGUCGCCCAUCAUAGAAUGCCACCACAGAGGUCACCGUCUCCCCUGGCUAGGGCACCCUCUCUCUCUUCCCGUGCGUCCAUGAUUCGGCGUAGUCCACCUACCUCACCAAGAGCCUCAAUGAGGCAACGUUCUCCACCUUCCUCACCCCAUGCUUCCAUUAGGAGGCGAAGUCCCCCACCAUCACCCUCACCUGUCCGCAGUCCAUUUGGUGGGAGAAAGAUGCAUGGGCCAACCUCUCCAAUCCACUCCCCUGGUCAUGCAUCUCCCUCUCUCUCUCCACACCUUAGUCGAAGGCCUUCUCCCUCUCCCUCUCAUCGCAGUUUAUCUCCUACAGGGCCCAGGCCUGUCCCAACAUCUCCUACACUCUCUCGUCGCUCAACUCGACUGCUCAGGGACCCCACUCCAUUGGCCAGGCCUAGGAUGGGGGGGAAUGUUCCCUUAGGUACUGUUCGGCCCUCCCCAAUGGGUCUCCGUGGGCGUCCAUAUCCCCCACCCACUCAGAAUGUGCGUCCAUUCCGUUCCGCCUCCGUACGAAGCAAUACAUCUUCCGUUCUCACAGUGGACUCCCACCUCUCGUCUCCUUUCCACACCCCUCACAUGGUCCAUCGUGUUCCCCUGGGGAGGAGAGAAUCUGGUCGAUUUCCUCCGCGCCCCAUUGCUCGAGGACAACCCCUCAUGGCCCAGCAUUCCCUGAGAGGAAGGCGUCCCAAUUCGCCACAGCCCUCCCUUAAGCAUAUGCCACAUCCUGCAUCCCCACGCCUCUCUCCUCGACUCUCUCGUCAGUCCUCACCCCUCUUGCCCCAUCGAGUUGCUCAUCCACCACCAGAAACAUAUGUGUCUGGCCCUGAUGUUGAUCCAUAUGCUGAACAGCCAAUGUCACCUUAUGAACAGCCUAUGGCUCCUACCUCUCCCAUGUUGUCUGGGGCUCUGCAGAAUCAAGCUGUACGAGAUGCAUCUUAUGUCUCUCCUUUGCGAAGGCCAAUGUCACCUUAUGAACAGCCUAUGCCUCCUUCAUCCCCAGUACUGUCGGGAGCUCUGCAAAACCAAUCAAUUAGAGAGGCAUCUUAUGUGUCUCCUCUUCAAAGACCUCAAUCCCCAUAUGCCUCUGUACCUUCAUCCCCAAUGCUCUCUGGAGCCAUGAGACAUGGUCAGGCACUACAGGGUGUGGCCUCUUAUCAAACUCCACAUCUCCGCUCACCAUACGGACCGACUGUCGUUACUCCAUACGAAUAUAUUACUGAGCCUGGUCCGGCACCACUGCUCUAUGAUGCUUUACAGCACAGCUCUGAUUUGCAGAAUGUCUCAUCUUUAAGAUCCCCCAUGAUGCAACGCCGUAACCCUUACGCACCAACUGGGCCUCAGGUCCACCACGCACUACAACAGAACCCCAACCUCCGCCAAGCAUCUUAUCGGACACCUAUGCAACUCAGACGUUCUCCAUAUGGACCCCCGCCACCCUCUUCACCAAUGUUAGGAACUGCCCUACAAAACCCACAGUUGAUGCAGGCAUCGUACCGGCUGCCAGAUGGAACCGUAAUGUCACCAUACACAGCUUCACCUUCUCCUCCAAUGCUCAACCAUGCCUUGCAAAACCAGCAAGUCCGUGGGGCCUCGUACACCUUGCCUGAUGGAUCAGUUAUCAGGGACCCACGUAUUCCCCAGAAGUCCAUGUCUCCCAGCCUUUCCAGAGCUCUUCAGAACCAGGAUCUAAAGACUGCAUCUUAUACUCUACCUGAUGGCACCAUUGUAGAUCCGAGACAGCAACAACCCAUUCCCCCAAACCUGGCUAAGGCCCUAAACAACCCAGUUCUACGUGAAGCCUCGUUUGCUCUCCCUGAUGGUACCAUUAUGAUUGACCCCAAGAAACCGAAGACCCCGAACCUUACAGCAGCACUUCAGAACCCUUACCUUAAAAGUGCAUCGUACACGCUGUCAGAUGGUACUAUCAUCAUUGAUCCAUGGAAACCUGUCUCUCCAAACCUGUCCGAAGCCCUCCAUAACUCUGCCCUUCGGCAUGCCACAUUCAACCUACCAGAUGGAGUUCGUGACCCUAGUUUACCCCUACCACCAAACUUGGCAAAGGCCCUCGGGAACACCGCUUUGAAAUCAGCUUCAUACACCCUCCCAGAUGGAACAAUUAUAAUCGACCCAAGGAAACCAAAGACCCCAAACCUCACAGCCGCCCUGCAGAACCCCUACCUUAAAGGGUUGUCCUACACUCUGCCUGAUGGAACCAUCAUCAUUGACCCAAGGAAACCAGUUGCCCCUGAUCUGCACAAAGCUCUCACAAAUGAAAACAUUCGUAAUGCAUCAUUCCAGCUCCCUGAUGAUGCCAUAGUUAUUCCUGGUCAGAAGCCCUCCUCUCCAAACCUUACUGCUGCUCUAAGACAGAACAUGGCACUUCGUUCUGCAGGUCUUUAUCAUCUAUCAGACAACUCUGUACUGUCGGGGAUACCCAAACCCACCACUCCUAACGUUGCCUCCAUACUACGGAAUGAGCAAAUGCGUGGUGUCAAUUACAGGCUUCCAGAUAGCUCUCCUCUUGUACGACGGUUCAACAACCCAAAGUUGGAUGAUGCUAUCCAAAACCAGCAGCUUCGGUACGCCUCAUACAGGGCACCAACGGCACUGCAGGGUCCAGAUAAUUGCUAUGCUGUGGUUCCUCCAUAUGGGCCACACUCAGGCCACUGGGCCAGGAAUGCUCAAGGAGGAGGGGAAGGAGGGGAGGACAUUUGGGCAGCUGAAAGAGUUUUGCCACAUGGGACAGUCCAGAAUCUGUCAAAGUGGUCUAUGUACGGCAUGUUGGAAGGAUAUUCACCCUUGCCUCGAACUGUGGAUGGGCAACCUCAGGAUCCAGACUGGACCCCUGACAGACAGAGGGUACCUGGUCAAAAGUGGUAUGACAAGCUCUACUCCAUCCUAAGCAUGCCCACAACAGGCCACAGGGUGAAGCGCUGGGCAGAGGGAAUGGAGGACAUGACACAGUUGCCUGAGUUGAAUGAGACCACAGUUCUGAUGAACCUGAAGAAACGCUACGACCAGGAACUCGUAUAUACCUACAUAGGUAGCAUCCUCGUGUCUGUGAACCCCUACAAGUUGCUCAACAUUUAUGGCACAGACAUGGUGCUUCAGUAUGAGGGCUGUGGCCUGAGUGACAACCCUCCUCAUCUUUUUGCCAUUGCUAAUUUGUCAUAUACCACCAUGAUGGAUGCCAAAAAGGACCAGUGUAUUGUGAUCAGCGGAGAAAGCGGGUCAGGAAAGACUGAAGCUACUAAACUGAUCCUGCGUUAUCUGACAGCCAUACAUCACAAACGCAACGUCACACAACAGAUAGAGAUCCUAGAGGCCACGCCCCUGUUGGAGUCUUUUGGGAAUGCCAAAACAGUGCGCAACGACAACUCUUCACGCUUUGGCAAGUUCAUGCAGAUCUUUAUGGAGGGGGGUGUGAUCAGCGGUGCCAUAACGUCUCAGUACCUGUUGGAGAAGUCCCGCAUUGUCUUUCAGGCCAAAUCGGAGAGGAACUACCACAUCUUCUAUGAGAUGUUGGCAGGUCUUCCUCUUCACGAGAAGCGCUCACUGUAUCUGCAGGAAGCUGAGACUUACUACUAUCUGAAUCAGGGAGGGGACUGUACCAUAGAGGGCAAGGAUGACGGGGAGGACUUCAGGCGACUGCUGAGUGCCAUGGACAUCCUGUGUUUCACUCCAGAGGAGCAGAACGGCAUCUACAGACUUCUCUCCUCUGUCCUUCACCUGGGGAACGUCUACUUCCAGCCAUACCAGGGUGAAGGUCAGGAGGUCGCGUCGGUGGUUAGCGCGCAGGAGAUCAGGGUGGUGGCUGAGCUGCUGCAGGUCUCACCUGAUGGCCUGCAGAAGUCCGUCACCUACAAACUGACAGAUACAGUACGAGAGAAGAUCUACACUCCGCUCACAGUGGAGAGUGCUGUGGAUGCAAGAGAUGCCGUUGCCAAGAUCCUGUAUUCGCUGCUGUUUAGUUGGCUGACAGAGCGCAUCAAUGGACGGGUCUACCCUCGCAACGAAGCCCUCUCCAUCUCCAUAUUGGACAUAUAUGGAUUUGAGGAGCUACAGGUGAACAGUUUUGAGCAGCUGUGCAUCAACUACGCCAAUGAAACUUUGCAGUUCUACUUUAACCGUGUCGUCUUUCAGGAGGAGCAGGAGGAGUACAUGCGGGAGCAGAUUGAGUGGCAGCAGCAGUCUUUCAGCCACAACCAGGCCUGCCUUGACCUCAUUGCUGCUAAGCCUCAUGGGAUACUACGCAUACUGGAUGACCAGUGCGGUUUCCCUCAGGCAACAGACCACACCUUCCUCCAGAAGUGCCACUAUCACCAUGGUAACAACCCGCUGUAUGCCAGGCCAAAGAUGCCACUGCCAGAGUUCACCCUGAAACACUACGCAGGGAAGGUCACCUAUCAGGUGAACAAGUUCUUGGAUAAGAACUUUGACAUGGUCCGCCAGGAUGUCUUAGACCUCUUCAUCCAGAGCAAGAACAGAAUGGUGUCCAGCCUCUUCCUGAAGCACUCGGACUCUGUGUCUCAGCAGCGGUCCAACGUGCGGCGCAGCAGCACAGCACGUCGUUACCAGGCCAACACGGUCAGCGCAAAGUUCCAGAGCAGCCUGCAGGAGCUGCUGGAGAAGAUGCAAAGGUGUAACCCUUAUUUUGUGCGAUGCAUCAAGCCAAACCAUCAUAAGGAGCCAGGGGUGUUUGACAUGGAGCUGAUAAAUACUCAGUUGCAUUAUUCUGGUAUCAUGGAGACCAUCCAAAUACGGAGGGAGGGUUAUCCAAUCAGAUUGCAGUUUCACAGCUUCCUGUCCAGGUAUAAAGCCCUGCUCUGUUUGAGGGAUCUUCCACCAGCCGACGGAGAAAACUGUGUCGUUAUGCUUCACAACCUCGGACCGAUCAAGAAGGGCUCGUAUCAGCUGGGAGUCAGCAAGAUUUUCCUAAAAGAGGAGCUGUACCAGCAGUUGGAGGGGAAGCGUGACCGUUUGUUGAACAUUGCUGCCAAGAUGCUGCAGAGAUACACCCGCAUGUGUUUUAUUAGAAAGAACUUUAUUAAGUUCAAACGCUGUAUGACCCACUUUGAAGCUCGCUGCAGAGGCUACGUGGCCAGAAAAAAGUUUGCUCUGAGAAGGAAGUACAUCAUAUGGUUUCGCUCCACUGUGCUGCUCAUUGUCAACCGCCAGCGUUACAUGAGGGUAUGCGCACAGUGUUUCUGCAAAUGUGUGAAGAUGAUACUUUUGUCUUUCUGUCAGACAGUUGUGGAGCCUGCAAGGAAAGCGGAGGAGGAUCGCAUCAAUAGAGAAGUGGUGAAUGUUACAACGCUGCCUAUCCCUGCUGAGCUGGCAGCCCUGCUGCAGGCGGCUUCAGGUGGUGAGGAGCUGCACUCUGAUUGCCUGGCGGUGGUCCAGGCUCCAAAAGUUCAGGUUGAACCCCAGCUGACCCUGCCCCUGGAUAUCAACAACUACCUCAUGACACAUUACAUCCGGGCCAUAUUUCGGGAGCCGUUGUUUGGGAUGGUGACAGCCCCACUGGAGAGUUCUCUGAUCAGAUUCGAUGAGGAGCUGAAACAAGGAGCCCUGAACAUUUUCAUUCUGAUACUGAGGUUCAUGGGUGAUCCUAACCUGAACGGGGCUCAGGAGAACCUGUUCGGGAACUACAUCAUCCAGCGAGGGCUUGCCAAUCCCAGCCUCAGAGAUGAAAUCCUGGCUCAAGUAGCCAAUCAAGUGUGGAGGAAUCCCAACAUCUUGAAUUCAGAGCGUGGCUGGCUCCUCCUGUCCUCCUGUCUCUCUGCCUUCCUGCCCUCUCAAAGACUGGCCAAGUACCUUCUGAAGUUUGUUUCUGACUACGGGCCGGAGGGCUAUGACUGUGUGUGUCAGCACCGUCUGCUCCAGGCUCUGCAGCGGCUGAACGUCGGGCCAGAGUACGUCCGGACCUACCCGCCCUGCCUGCUGGAGUGGACCGCCAAUCGCAAGAGAGCUCACACUGUCCUGCACAUCCACUGCUUCGAUGGUGUGUCCUUCCUGUGUCCUCUACACUCCUGGACAACAGGAGAAGAGAUGGCCAAAGACAUCUUACAACACAGGAGUGUGGUGGAGGGCCGUCGAGGCUGGUCGGUGCUGCUGAAGGAGCCGGCUCAGUGGGUGGAGCUGGAGGGCUCGGACUACGUUCUGGAUCUGAUGUCAGACCUAGAGCUUCCUGCUGACUUCCCCAAACACAGCAGCUACUUCAUCAUCUCUGCACAGGAGCCGACCAGAGUGCGGCCCAAUGCUAGCAUAAGCCUGCUGGGUGGAGGGUUUGAUAUGAAUGAUGGUGUCUUAUCUUCAGCCAUACCCGGCUCAGAUGGGUUCAUUAGCCAAGGCUUGGAGCCUCAGAGAGGGAUGGAUCGUUAUCUCGACAGCCUGUUUGACCCUGUACUGUCUGACAGCACUGGAGAAGUCGAGUCAGCUGCAGGACUGUCCAGCAGGAUGAAAGGGGCAGGGGGAGUUGGAGACAGGUGGCAACAGCAAGGACAGUCAACCGGCCCCCCACCUCCACCUGGAGCUGUGAGAGUUCUCCCUGUGGGAGGAGUGAUGUCGCCUCCUGUUGCUGCCGUGGCUCCUGUGACACCUGAUGCCCAGCAGGCUGUUUUGGCCCAGCAGCAGCAGGCGAUCGUGAACCAGCAGGCCAUCAUCAUGGCCCAGCAGAUGACCAUGCAGGCUAUGGCCAUGGUCAGCAGCCCAGUCACAAGCCCCCCCACCUCCCCUGUCACAAGCCCUCCCAUGAGCCCUCUGCUCCACCACCCUCUCAGCCCCUAUGCCCCCGCCAGCUCUUACGCAGUCAUACCUCCAAGUCCGUAUGCUAACAUCCCACCCAGCCCCUAUGCUAACUUCACUCCAACUCCCUACGCUGCAGCAAGCAUCCCACCCAGCCCCUAUCCUCCCUCUACUCAACAGGAACAAACUCCAUUGCAGCCUCCAGCUCAGCCUCGUGCUGAGCCACGGUCUCAGCCAGAGGCUCAGGCCCAGUCAGGUAAGGACAGCGUCCCUCGCAGGAAGGCUCCAGGCGUCCCCAUAAACAAGGACAAACCAGCCAAGAAGUUUGCCCCAGUGGCAACGUCUCCUCCGCCCCCUGCUGGAGAGGUGGUGAAGUACUCAGCUCGGUUUGAUGAGCACAUCGUCCCCAGCCAAGAUAUCCAGGAAAUUAUCAAAAGGUACAACUCCCCUCCUCCACCAUCAGACCAACUGCCUCCUGGAAAAAGGAGACCUGAAGGGAAGUUUAAGAAGAAGCAAACGGCUCGAGAUGAAGCUUUACAGAUCCUAAAACCUCAGAUGGACAACCCUCCUGCUCCACAGCCCAAACGUCCUGUUACUCCCUCACCAUCUGCAUCCGCAAUAAAAGAGGCCGGAUUUAAACCCGCCAAGAGCACAAAGACGAAAGCACCUAACCGGCCUCUCCCCAUCCCUCCUCCAGUUUCUCGAGAGCUCCCCGUAGAGACAGAGACCAUCCAGACACAGCUUCAUCAGAGCACCAACGAAGAGCACUACACCUACACCAAUGUUCCCUGGAGACUGUAUCUCAGGAAGGAGGUUUUCUAUCCCAAAGACAGUUUCAACAAUCCGCUGGUGCUAGACCUCAUCUUCAAACAGAUAGUGAACGACACCCUGUCAGAAGCUUGUGUUCGCAUCACCCGGGAUGAAAGGCAGAAGAUGAAAGCUCUGUUCGCCAAACACGGGGUCGAACAGAAUAUGGAUCCAGUGGAGGAGCACGUGAAGAAAACCGUCGUCACGGCAGCCAGGGAAACGUGGGAAAUAUACUUCUCCAGACUGUUCCCUGCAUCGGGUAGCGUAGGAACAGGUGUGCAGGUGUUGUCAGUGUCCCACAGCGGCAUUAAGCUGCUGAAGACGGUAAAAAGCAGCGCUGCAGCUCCAGACUACUUCAGAGUGCUGCGACCGUACACUUUUGCAGACAUCCUGUUUGUGACCAUUCCCUCUGAAAACAUGCUGGAGUUCAAUCUGACCAACGAGAAGCUGAUCCUGUUCUCAGCUAAAGCACUACAAGUCAAACAUCUCGUAGACACCUUCAUCAAUGAAAUCAAAAAGGACUCAGACUACGUGAUUGCAGAACGUAACUUUGUGACAGACGACCACUCAAAGCUAAGUUUCCACAAAGGUGACAUCAUCAGGCUGCAAGUCCUGGACGGGCUGGAGAAAGGUUACAGCUAUGGCUGUGUGGUGAGGAAGAAGGUGGUGUAUUUGGAGGAGCUGAAGAAAGACUCUCAAGACUUUGGCUGGAAGUUUGGUGCCGUGUUCGGCCGCUCCGGUGCGUUCCCGGCUGACUGCGUCCAUCCUGUUGCGCCUCCUGACUUCCUGUCCUUGCCACUGGACCGCAAGUCGGAGCCUCGAGGCGGAGCGGGACAGUUUGCGGUGUCAUCAGCUGUGGCUGUUGCCGUGGCGUCCACCAUGGCUGCACACGAGAUAGAUCAAACGAUUGAGAAGGUUUCCCUUGACGGCUUUGCUGAUGGAGAUCUGGAUGAGAGGACUCUGCAGGACAGUAAAUAUGAUAUGUUGGAGUUUGCCAAGAAGUAUUUCAGACAGGGAGCCAGCGGGAGGGGCGAUUCCCUGAAGAGCAAAAGCAAAAGCAGAGACAUCAGGGAACCCACUGAAAUGAUCAAAUUCUCCAAGACUCCUCUUACCCAGUCUCUGAUAGAGUUUACUGACCCUGCCAUGAACAGAGUGGCAGCGGAUCUCUUCCUGUCGGUGAUGCGCUUCAUGGGUGACUCUCCGUUAAGGGGAUCGACCGAACAAGAAGUGGUCAGCACUUUCCUAAAGCUGAUAGGAGAGUUCACCUUGAUGAGGGAUGAGGCUUACUGCCAAGUUAUCAAACAGCUUACUGCUAACACCAGCUCCAAACCUGACAGUUGCCAACGUGGCUGGAGGCUGCUGUACAUCCUGACCACUUUCCACCGCUGCUCUGAAGUCCUCAAGCCUUUCCUGUUGAAAUACCUCCAGCAGGCUUCUCGCAGCGCUGGGACUCAGUAUCAGGGCAUUGCUAAAGCCUGCGAGCAGAACUUGAAGAAGACGUUCCAAUGUGGUGGCCGCAUUGUUCCUCCCAACAGCAUGGAGCUGAAGGCCAUGAUGGCGGGACGCAGUUCAAAACGUCAGCUGUUUCUCUUUCCUGGAGGCAUCGAACGCCACGUGAAAAUCAAAACGUGUUCUGUUGCUCUGGAGGUGAUUGAAGAACUGUGUUAUGAGAUGGCGUUACACAGGCUGGAGGCGAUGGAAGAAUACUCCAUAUUUUUAGUCACCAAUCGAGGUCAGAAUGUGCGACCUCUGCACAAAAACGAGUACAUCCUGGAUGUGGCGACAGAGGCGGAACUAGUCGACACAAACUACAGUUUCUGGUUCAGGCGGGUCGUCUGGACUCAGCCGCUCAAGUUUGAGAACGAGCUUUGUGUGGCCAUGCACUAUAACCAGAUCCUGCCAGACUACCGUAAAGGUCUGCUAAAUAUUCUUCCACACGGAAAAGUGAGCGAUCAACAGUUCCACCAGAUCUCCAAGCUGGCAGCGCUGCAGCACAGAGCCAAAGACAUCAUCUUCAUCCCCAGCAUACAUGAACUGUCAGAGUAUAUCGCCACACCUCUGUUCAAAAAGCAGCCACCGCAGCAGUGGGUUACCAUGGUGACGCAGCACAUGCAGCAAGUGCAGACCCUGAGCCCACACCAGGCCAGAGCACAGUUUCUGGGGUUGGUCAGCGCAUUCCCCAUGUUCGGCUCGUCAUUCUUCUACAUCCACAGCAGCAGCUCCACCACCUUCUACGCCCCCUGUAUUGUUGCUGUCAAUCAACACGGUCUCCACUUCCUGCACAAAAAUACACACGAACAAAUGGCAGUGGUCCCCCUGGUGGAGGUUCAGUCCAGCCGCACUCAGAGGCCCACCGCUGGAACCAGUUAUCCGUAUGUAGAUCUCACGCUGGGGGACAUGAACACACAGCGGGUCAUUCAGCUGCAGCUGGAGCAGGGUCUGGAGUUGUGUCGAGUCAUCGCCAUGCAGGUGGAAAACAUGAUGUCGGUACGGGAGAAGAGGCUCACCUUGCCACCCAGCGAAAUCACCAUGUUAUAA